CAGCGCCCAGGUAGCUGCGAGGAAACUUUUGCAGCGGCUGGGUAGCGUGGCUCGUCUCUCUCUCCUCAGGGCCACCGCCAGGCUUGCUGAGUCCCGGGAAGGCUCUCGCUCCGGCGGCUGCCACUCUCUCGCACUCUCCUAGCUCCCCGCGAAGCAGGAUGGCUAGGACCGUGCGCACCGCGUGCUUGGUAGUGGCGAUGCUGCUGGGUUUGGAGUGCCUGGGACAGGCGCAGCCCCCGCCGCCUCCGGACGCCACCUGUCACCAGGUUCGCUCCUUUUUCCAGAGACUGCAGCCUGGACUCAAGUGGGUCCCCGAAACCCCCGUGGCAGGAUCAGAUUUGCAAGUAUGUCUCCCCAAGGGCCCAACAUGCUGCUCAAGAAAGAUGGAAGAAAAAUACCAACUAACAGCACGAUUGAACAUGGAACAAUUGCUUCAAUCUGCAAGUAUGGAGCUCAAGUUUGUAAUUAUUCAGAAUGCUGCAAUUUUCCAAGAGGCCUUUGAAAUUGUUGUUCGCCAUGCCAAGAACUACACCAAUGCCAUGUUCAAAAACAACUAUCCAAGCCUGACUCCACAAGCUUUUGAGUUUGUGGGUGAAUUUUUCACAGAUGUGUCUCUCUACAUAUUGGGUUCUGAUAUCAACGUGGAUGAUAUGGUCAAUGAAUUGUUUGACAGCCUGUUUCCAGUCAUCUAUACCCAGCUCAUGAAUCCAAGCCUGCCUGAGUCAGCCUUAGACAUCAAUGAGUGCCUCCGAGGAGCAAGACGUGACCUGAAAGUGUUUGGGAAUUUCCCUAAGCUUAUUAUGACCCAGGUCUCCAAAUCACUCCAAGUCACGAGGAUCUUUCUUCAGGCCCUGAAUCUUGGAAUUGAAGUGAUCAACACAACGGAUCACCUGAAGUUCAGUAAGGACUGUGGCCGGAUGCUCACCAGAAUGUGGUAUUGCUCUUAUUGCCAGGGACUGAUGAUGGUUAAGCCUUGUGGUGGCUACUGCAAUGUAGUCAUGCAAGGCUGUAUGGCAGGUGUGGUGGAGAUCGACAAGUACUGGAGAGAAUACAUUGUCUCUCUUGAAGAACUAGUGACUGGCAUGUACAGAAUGUACGACAUGGAGAAUGUACUGCUUGGUCUGUUUUCAACAAUCCAUGAUUCUAUCCAGUAUGCACAGAAGAAUGGAGGCAAGCUGACCACCACUAUUGGCAAGUUGUGUGCCCAUUCUCAACAACGCCAGUAUAGAUCUGCUUAUUAUCCUGAAGAACUGUUUAUUGACAAGAAAGUAUUAAAAGUUGCUCGUGUUGAACAUGAAGAAACUUUAUCCAGCCGAAGAAGGGAACUAAUUCAGAAGUUGAAAUCUUUCAUCAGCUUCUAUAGUGCUUUGCCUGGCUACAUCUGCAGCCAUAGCCCUGUGGCUGAAAACGACACCCUGUGCUGGAAUGGACAAGAACUUGUGGAGAGAUACAGCCAAAAGGCGGCAAGGAAUGGGAUGAAAAAUCAGUUCAACCUCCAUGAACUGAAAAUGAAGGGCCCGGAGCCAGUGGUCAGUCAAAUCAUUGACAAACUGAAGCACAUUAACCAGCUCCUGAGAACCAUGUCUGUGCCCAAAGGUAGAGCUCUGGAUAAAAACCUGGAUGAGGAAGGGUUUGAAAGUGGAGACUGUGGCGAUGAUGAAGAUGAGUGCAUCGGAGGCUCUGGUGAUGGAAUGAUGAAAGUGAAGAAUCAGCUCCGCUUCCUUGCAGAACUGGCUUAUGAUCUGGAUAUGGAUGAAGAUCCUGGGAGCAAGCAACAUGUGAACCAGCAGGACAAUGAGGUCAUCAUUUCUCACAAUCUUGGGAAUGCACACUCCCCACUGAAGCUCCUCACCAGCAUGGCCAUCUCUGUGGCGUGCUUUUUCUUCCUAGUGCACUGACUUCCCAGUGCCCAGCAUGCAUGCUGCCCUGCAGCACCCUGUGGUCCUCCUCCGCAAAGGAAGCCACCUUAUUUUUCCUUUUUUUUUUAUCUUAUAUACCUCCUCCAGCCAUUAAGUAGAAGACUAACCAUGUGUUAUGUUUUCGAAAUCAAAUGGUAUCUUUACGAGGAAAGUAAAUUUUAGUAGUAGUAUAGAUUGUCAUUUUGCAAAGAAAAAAAA